AAUAACUUGAAUCCUGAGGGUCGCGGUCAAGACUCAAAUUCAUCUUCUGAAUCUGACCUGCAUGAAUAUCCAGUGCACAAGUGUGGGAGCUGAAGUAGCUGAAGUGAUCGUUACCCACGAGAACACGCGGUGCUCGUCGUUUAAUCACACGACGUUGGCGCGGACGUCUAUCGUCAAGUGUGCUGCACGCGGCGGACCGUGGACGAAUAGCGUAUACAAACCUAGUCUCAGACGCCUUAAUGAUACCACGCGUAUACUUCCUUUCUUGCGGCUGAGGCUUUGCUGUUCAGAUGGCUACAGACUUUACCCUCAGUGAGGAUGCAAAUGCACUCUCCCCGCAAGAUAUGCUCACCCUUCCUCGGCCUGGUGCUCCCUUGCCAAACGACAUCGGCGAUCUUGCUAUCGUACCCAUCAGCACGUACUCUUUCCAAGAUCACAAGUCUCACAUGUCGCUCUCCGUCGUCGCUCUCGGCGAUGGUCAUAUCUAUGACAUUCCUUUGCCCGACGGUGGUGAUGCCUUCUGGCUUGAUUCCCGCACCAUCGCACACGUCGUGACAAAAGAUGACACACAGAGCCUCUACACCAUUUCCAUCACCACUUCACCUCUCACCUCUGACACCUCCUCCCUUGUAGGAUCCUUCCCCAUCACCACCGCAAGCGCUUUCCGUUACAGUCCCAGCGCUCAGCGUCUCGUGUUUUCCGCAUACGUGUAUCCUGAUGGCCUCCUCGAGACCGUAAAGGAGCAGGACACGGCGUAUGAGAAUCGGGGCAAUUCUGCCCUGGUGUAUGAUCAAACUUUUGAACGCCAAUGGGGUACAUGGGUCAGUCCCAAGAGCAAGGCUCUCAUUGGGGUCAGUCUGGCAAACAUAGGUGCGAAGUGGGUACUGGGGGAAGCUUACGUGAACGCGCUGAAGGGGACGGGACUUUCUUCCCCCGUGGAACCAUUCGGUGAGGCGGAUGACUAUGAUAUUUCCAAAACGCAUAUCAUCUUCACUGCAAAGGACCCACAACUCCCCAAGGCCAUGCACACCAGGCAAAAUAUCUACCUUGUUGCACAUGACGGAACAAACCUCAGGCAGCUCACCUCGGGCACCCAAGGCGCGACGCACUCUCCCGUCUUCAGCCCCUCUGGCGACAAAGUCGCGUGGCUGGAACUUCCUUUUGAUGGGCAAGAGAGUGAUCGCGCCAAAGUGGUAAUCUACGACCUCAACAAGGAUGUCCAGUUCACCAUCACGGAGGACUGGGACCGCUCCCCUGGUUCUAUCAUCUUCUCCCCUUCCUCUGCCCUCAUUUACGCCACUACGGGCGAUCACGCCCGCAUCAAGGUCUUUGCGCUGGCAAUUCCGCCAACACCUCCCUCCAACACCACGUACACCACUCAACCUACAGCCCUCACCUCCAGCGGUUCUAUAUCUGGCUUCAAGCCAAUCCCAGGCGGCAGGGCCACCUUUGCGCUUUCUAGCCUGACGUCCCCGAACGAAGUGUAUGAGCUUAGUGGGCUUGAUGUCGCCGAGGAAAAUCUCUUAGCCGGAAGAAAAGUAGAUGUGAAGGCGACGACUAUUACACGCCUUACUUCAUUCGCUACCCCAGGGCUCCAGGGAAAAUAUCUUUCCCCGGGGAAGGAUUUCUGGUUCAAAGGUACGGCUGAGGGGCAGGACACGCAUGGUUAUGUCAUUACUCCACCUGGAUUCCAACGUGGGGUCAAUAGGAAGUGGCCUGCGGUGUUGUCUAUCCAUGGAGGCCCGCAGUGGGCAUGGUUUGAUGAGUGGUCGACGUUUUGGAACCCAAAUGUCUUUGCGAGCCAGGGAUACGUGGUCGUUUCUAUCAAUCCAACGGGAUCCACUUCAUUCGGACAGAACUUCACGGAUGGUGUCAGUAAUAACUGGGGAGGCCGCCCGAUCCAGGAUUUAUUGAUGGGGUGGAAGUAUAUCCUUCAAGAAUACCCAGAGAUUGACCAAAGUCGCACGGUAGCUGCUGGUGCGAGUUAUGGUGGGUAUGUAAUCAACUGGAUCCAAGGCAACCCGGACUUCGGAUUUGGGUUCAAGGCACUAGUCUGCCACAAUGGUGUAUUCGACAGUACUUACAGUAGUUAUGCCACUGAUGAACUGUUCUGCUUCAACCACGAAUGGGGAGGACGCCCAUGGGAACCCGCCGCAAUCGAAACAUCGCGGAAAUACAAUCCCGCGUACACCGUUGCUAAGUGGUCCACUCCGCAACUGACGAUUCAUAGCAGCAAGGAUUACAGGCUUCCUGAAGGAAAUGGCAUUGCGGCUUUCCAUGCAUUGCAGCAGCUGGGCGUUCCGAGCCGCCUUCUGAUCUUCCCCGACGAAAACCAUUUGCUGCAAGAUGCUGCGAAUAGUUUGAAAUGGCACUAUGAGGUGUUUAGGUGGUUUGAUCAGUUCGUCGGGCUUUCUUAGGAUAUGUUUUGGAAACAAAUCGGGGCAAUUGUAAGAUAUAAGUUAUCAUAUAACUAUACGAGGGAGCCUUCGUGAUCGCUCCUCGCGUCCCAGAUGCUCAUGCACGACAGCCCC